GUCUCCAAGCAGAGAGAAAAAAUUCAUUAGAUCAGGAAAAUCAAUCUGUUUCCCCAAGAAAUGCCAUCCAUGAAGUCUAAAGUAAAUAAAAUACAUUAGAGAAAGUUUACUGCCAAACCAAUAUGGUGGCCUCUUUAAUGGUUAGUCCUGUUGGAGUCUCCACAGGAAAUGGAAUCUACCCAGAUUAUCCAAAGUGGUUCCUUCCAUGCCCUUUAUCCAAUCACUGGGAUGAUGAGGUUAUGGCCAGAAACCCCUGGAGUUUCACCCAAGUCUCUAUAAAUACAGACAUUUCAGCUCCAGACACACUUUGAGAGCCAGUGCCUGACCUGAGGAGGCUGAAGGCAAAGGACCUGGAAGGGACUGCUAACCAGUGACUUUAAUGCUGAGGAAAAGCAGAGGAAAUCCAUUUCCAUAGGCGUCAACUGGGCACCCACUUCUAGAAGCAUUUGCUCAGAGUCCUACUGGAAAUUUCCUCCAUCAAUAUGGCUGAGGACCAGCCAUUUUUUCAGGGUUGUGGACACAUGACAGACAGCCCUGGGGCAGAGUCACCAGCAUCCGUGCCACCCCAAGACACACUCAUGGAAGACUCAGACUGUGACCAGGAAACAUGGCACGUCCGGUUCAGAACAUUUAGCAGCUCAGAGGAGUCCGACCCAUUCGAGGAUCAGAGGAGACUCCGUGAACUCUGCCAUCUGUGGCUGAGGCCGGAUCUUCACACCAAGGAGCAGAUGAUGGACAGGCUGGUGCUGGAGCAGUUCAUGAUCUGCAUGCCCCUGGAGUGCCAGGUCCUGCUCAAAGAAAGUGGGGUGCAGAGUUGCAAAGCCCUGGAGGACGUGCUGAGAAAUAAGCAGAAACCCAAGAACUGGACCAUAGUCUGCAUACAAGGGCAGAAAUAUCUUGUGCGUGAUCCUGAUAUUGAGAUGGUUGAAGCCAAGGCCGGUGACAUGGACAAUGAGAGAGACCCAUGUGGGGAGCCCCCACUGCCCUCAAGGGUCAUACCUCCAGAGGAUAGCCAGGAAGGAAGCCAAGAGGUGCAGAAUCUGCCAGGAGCCAUGAACCUAUCUAGGGAGCAGGACCAGAGAGCUCUCCCACCAGAGACCGUUCCUGAAACAGGUGAGCUGGAGGGUCAGACGCCCAGAGAGAACAUGGAGAAGGACCUGCUGGAAGACAGGGGAGAGACAAAAACCCUUCAAUCUCAAGAACCUGAACUUCUGAAGGGUCCUGAGGGAGAUGUUUCCACUGCGAGUGGAUCCAGACGAGGUCCUGUAAAGAAUCGCAGACAUGUCAAAAGGAAACGGGAGAGCAGUCCCACUUGCCAAGACGUGGGUCAAGGAGCAGCCACGUGUUUGGACCAAGGAGAGUUCUCAGGACAGUUUGGGUUCCAUUCUGUUGGUGCAUCUGGCACCGUGGGACCCACCAGUCUUCCUGAGGGAGCAGAAACCCCGGGACGGGCACCCUCUGAAUGCACGGUGUGCAAAAAGAGCUUUCCUUAUCAGUCUCAGCUUACCUUGCACCAGAGGACACACACAGGAGAGAGGCCCUUUCAAUGCGACAUCUGUGCCAAAGGGUUCAUACAGCUUUCAGAUCUGCGGGUUCACGAGCGGAUCCACACUGGCGAGAAGCCCUACAGCUGUGAUCUCUGCCUCAAGAAGUUCACCCACGACUCCACGCUGCGCACUCACAAGAGGACCCACACCCAGGAGAAGCCUUUCCGCUGUGAGCACUGUGACAGAGCUUUCGGCCACCGAGGGAACCUCAACGUUCACCGACGCACCCACUCUGGGCUCAAGCCCUACGUGUGCCCCGAGUGUCACGGUGCCUUCCGUCAGCUGGGGACUUUCAGACGCCACCAGAAAAUCCAUUCCAGAUGACUGGCUCAGGACCCUGCCCUCAGGUUCAAGUGCCUUCUGCUCCGUGAAGGAAAUUCAGGAUUAUUUGUCACUUAUAUGAUACAAAGAAAGGGUGACAUGUGAAGAACUUACGAUCAUACUGGAACCCGAUGAGGUUCCAUUGACAUGAAUUUGGUGAAUAUUUGAGUGAUGACUUAUCUUUCCCUUCAGAUUUUGUUCUCUACUUUAGUGUAGCCUGUG